AUGGUGCCUCCUCCAGCAUCAAAUACCAGGGAAUUUGCACGUUGGAAGGUGAGGAACACAGCCAUCGAGAGGCGGGACUUGAUCCAGAACCCGGUGCCGCUGAUGCCAGAGUUCCAGCGCAGCGUGCGUUUGCUCGGCCGCAGACCGACCACGCAGCAGUUCAUCGAAACCAUCAUCAAGAAGUAUGGAACUCACAUCCUCAUCUCCGCCACGCUGGGAGGACUGACACAGGCCCACAUCCUGACCAUACACCCUACAUGA